GGCCGAGGGCUGCUGGCUGCCGGGCGAGGGGGGAGCGGCCGGGGAGGGGCCGGGCGUGCCGGCAGGGGCCGCCCAGGCCGCGCGCCUUCCCCAUCACCGCGGCCGGCGCCGGGCCAGGAUGCGCGGCGACACACUCUGAAGCAUGGAGGGGGUUCUGUACAAGUGGACCAACUAUCUCACAGGUUGGCAGCCUCGCUGGUUUGUUUUGGAUAAUGGAAUCUUGUCCUACUAUGAUUCACAAGAUGAUGUUUGCAAAGGGAGCAAAGGAAGUAUAAAGAUGGCAGUUUGUGAAAUUAAAGUCCAUUCAGCAGACAACACAAGAAUGGAAUUAAUCAUUCCAGGAGAGCAGCAUUUCUACAUGAAGGCAGUGAAUGCAGCUGAGAGACAGAGGUGGCUGGUUGCUCUGGGGAGCUCCAAAGCCUGUUUGAGUGAUACUAGGGCCAGAAAAGAAAAAGAAAUUAGUGAAACCAGUGAAUCUCUGAAAACCAAAAUGUCUGAACUUCGCCUCUACUGUGACCUCCUCAUGCAGCAAGUUCAUACAAUCCAAGAAUUUGUUCACCGUGAUGAGAAUCAUUCGUCACCCAGCACAGAGAACAUGAAUGAAGCCUCUUCUCUGCUUAGUGCCACAUGUAAUACAUUCAUCACAACGCUGGAGGAAUGUGUGAAGAUAGCGAAUGCCAAGUUCAAACCCGAGAUGUUUCAGCUCUCCCGUCCGGACGCCUUAGUUUUUCCUGUGUCGCCCUCUCCUGUUCAGAUGAUGAAGCGUUCCGUCAGUCACCCUGGUUCUUGCAGUUCAGAGAGGAGUAGCCAUCCUACAAAAGAACCAGUGUCUACACUUCACCGACUUUCUCAGCGACGCCGAAGAACCUACUCGGACACAGACUCUUGUAAUGAUAUUCCUCCUGAAGACUCAGAUAGACCUGUUCACUGUUCAAGAAAUACACUUAAUGGAGAUUUGGCAUCAACAACCAUUCCUGAAGAAAGCAGACUUAUGGCCAAAAAAAAAUCUGAGUCAGAAGACCCUCUUCCAUCCUUCUCUUCCUGAGGAAAUGGAAGUGUCCAACUUCCUCCAAGUAUUGCUAUGCAAAAGCUGCUGUAAUUAAACUAUGUUAUAGGGAGUAGUUUUUCCCUUAGGAUUUCUCUGCACUUUAUAGAAUAUUGUAAAACAAACAAAAAACCCCCACAUACCUUUGAAGUGUAUUUUAUCUUUAUAUUGUUUAUUUGCAAGAGUAUUUUCCUAAUAACUUCACAGUAUGAAUGUGCAUCUUUUUUUAAAAAAAAAACAACAAAUCAUGGUGUAACAUUUUGACAUCUACAAGGACAAAUGUAGAUAUUUUUCUAAAAAACUGAGGGACUGACAGCUUAGUCAGUAUGUAUUGUAGCUUAUAAACAUGAAAUCUUAUAAGGUUUCAGUUUGGCAGAAGUGUGACAUAUAUAACUUGUGCCAUGGACCUAAUGAUCACUUUACCCAUUUAAAAGCGAGUUACUGUAGCAGCUUGAUGGUGAGUAAAUUGCAUUCCUUUAAGCAAAAAAGAAACAAUUAAUAUUCUAAAAUUUUUAGCCCAAGUAACAUGUCAUAUUGGAGAUAUUUUAAAGAUCAGACUGCUGUCCUUCAUAUGUGAAGUUGACACUACUGAUUUGUCAAUACCAAAUGUUGGGUUGAAGUAUUUAACUUUUAUUUAUUUAUUUUUCUGUUGCAUCAAAAAAAGAUUGCAUUAUAACUUUUAUGACCUACCAAAUUUUAGAUGUGUAUACAUUGUUACCUACAUUGUUCUAGAAAAGAGGUUAAUGUUUUAGUGACCUUGCUCACUUACACCAGAGAAAUAAAUGACUUUCAAUGGAAGAGGAGUUUAGUGCUUUUUUCCUAAAAUAGACAUUAAGCUGCUGUUGCAAGGUAUUAAUAUUUGCAGCUCUUUAGACUUUCUAGAGACAUUUUUUAUUUAUGAAUAUUUAUACAAAAUGGAAUUCUGCCAAGGUGACUGCACCACAUCACUUGAGAAUGGCAUUAUUUAAUUAAAGAAAAAUAGCAUUUUUUGGUAGUGCCUGUCCAUACCUAUUGUUAGUGUUUGCCCAGUGAACUGUUUUUUUUUUUUUUUAAUUCCUUUUGAAGUGACAGGUUUGUCCAAGGUCUUGGAUGAGGAGCACUUUAAAACGAAUUGGUUUGGUGUCUUUAAGUUAAUCAUAUGUUUAAUAAAUAUGGUUUUUGCAUUCAAACUCAUCAUAUAAUACAUUGUAUCUUUUUUUACAUUUAUUGAUAUUCUGUCUAAUCUUCAUAAAAUUGUAAUAGUAUUCUUUAUUGCUUUGAUUUUGUCUGUAUAUUGGAAUGUCUUAGUGAAUACACAGAUGAGGCAAAUUUUUAGUUUUGUUGCCUGUGAGCUUAGAAUAAUGUGGCCUAUUUUACUUUAUAUUUGCCUUGUAAGUUUGUGUGAGAACUUUUCUUAAUGAGUUAAUAUUUAGUAUUUACCAAAAUCUUUAAUUAUGUUUAAAAUGGAUAUAAGCAAUCUAUAUAUAUUAAUAUGCCUUUAGAUAUACUGUAUGCUACUUAAAGUUUGUGAAUUUAAAUAGCACACAGGUCAUUAGACUAUUUUAAGUGGAAUCUUUUUCUGCUUAUAUGUCUAAUUUGAGAAAAAUGUUUGAUAAUGUAAGUUUUCAUGUUGAGUGUGUAAUCAGAUAUUUUGUUUUUUUUUUUUUAAUAGUAAGAAUUUGCAUAGUGAUAAGACCAUUGAAGGUCAAGGUGCUACUGGUAGGGAGUAUUUCUGGUAGUUUUUUUUGAACCGGUAGGUUUGUAAUGAGAACACUAUAACAAAGCUUUUGAACUCAUAGGAAAUAAAUCCAUUUUUUUAUUGUUUUAUCCAAAAAAGAUGAGUUCCUGAACAGUUUUCUGUAAAUACUUUUAAAAAUAAAAGGCAGUCACUUCUG